GCAACAAGGCCUGUAAGAAUUUAUGCUAAUGGAGUUUUCGAUGUGUUUCACAUUGGUCAUAUGAAUGCACUAAAACAAGCCAAGAAUUUCUUUCCGAAUGUUUAUUUAAUGGUUGGAGUCUACAACGACAAUAUAGCACACUACAAGAAGGGAUUUACCGUCUUGACACAAAGCGAACGUUAUGAAUCAUUAAUUCAUUGUCGCUAUGUUGAUGAAGUGGUCACUGAUGCACCAUUGGCAGUGACGCCAGAAUUUAUGGAAGAAUAUCAUAUUGAUUUUGUAGCAAAUGAUGGUCGCAAAGCCGGUCAUUCCAAAGAUGUAUAUAAAGACAUAAAAGCUAUGGGAAGAUUUAUUCCUACCGAGUCUACUUCAGGGAUAUCAACCUCGGAGAUAAUAGCCAAGGUUACUCGAAAUUACGAUAUUUAUGUAAGAAGAAAUUUGCGUCGCGGUUAUUCAAGGAAAGAUUUAAAUGUUGGUCUUGUAAAGAAAACGCACUACGAAAUUCAAGAUGCUAUUGGUGAAUUACAUGAGAUGGUAAAAAAUGUUGAAGAUCAAUCUCAACUACUUUUACAAAUGGUUGAGGGACGAUCGUAUGAGUUUUGCAAACGGUUAGCAGAUAUAUCUGCGAAUUUUCGUGAAAAUUGGAAUGGAAAGCUACCUGAAUCCAAGGAGGGUCGCUCGAAAUUUUAUGAACUCGAUGAAGGUUGGUAUGAAUUUGUGUAA